GCUCCGCUCCUCCCGUUCCCGGGCGCGGCUUGCUGGCUCUCUCCGCCUCUCGGGCAAGAUGGCAGCGGCGGCGGCGGCGGUGGGCAGAGCCGGGCUGGGCUUCCUGCGGGGGCUUCGGCUUCCCUGCCCGGCCGGGCUCAGGGGGCUGCGCUCAGCAGGGGGGGGUCUUCGGCAGCAGGAAUUCACCUCCCUGGAAGAGAAGCCCCAGUUCCCGGGAGCCUCGGCCGUCUUUAUCGACAAGCUGGAAUUCAUCCAACCCAACGUCAUUUCGGGGAUCCCCAUCUAUCGAGUCAUGGACCGGCAGGGACAGAUAGUCAACCCCAGUGAGGAUCCACAGAUAUCCCAGGAGGAAGUGCUGAAAUUCUACAAGAGUAUGACGUUGCUCAACACCAUGGAUCGCAUCCUAUAUGAGUCCCAGAGACAGGGACGCAUUUCCUUUUAUAUGACCAACUAUGGGGAAGAAGGCACCCACGUGGGCAGCAUCGCAGCUCUGGAUGACGCUGACCUGGUCUUCGGACAGUAUCGGGAAGCAGGCGUCCUGAUGCACAGGGGCUACCCUCUGGACCUGUUUAUGGCCCAGUGCUACGGCAACGCCAGCGAUCCCGGGAAAGGCCGCCAGAUGCCGGUGCAUUACGGCUGCAAGGACUUGAACUUCGUCACCAUCUCCUCCCCGCUGGCCACCCAGAUCCCACAAGCGGUGGGGGCCGCCUACGCCUUCAAGCGGACGAACACCAACCGCGUUGUCAUCUGCUACUUCGGCGAAGGGACGUCCAGCGAGGGGGAUGCCCACGCGGGCUUCAAUUUUGCGGCCACCCUCGAGUGCCCGGUGAUAUUUUUCUGCCGGAACAACGGCUACGCCAUCUCCACGCCGACCUCCGAACAAUACCGGGGCGAUGGAAUCGCCGCCCGGGGUCCCGGUUACGGCAUCCAGUCUAUCCGAGUGGAUGGCAACGACGUCUUUGCGGUGUUUAACGCCACCAAGGAGGCCCGGCGCCGGGCCAUUGCCGAGAACCAGCCGUUCCUCAUUGAAGCCAUGACCUACAGGAUUGGGCACCACAGCACAAGCGACGACAGCUCAGCCUACCGCUCCGUGGACGAAGUCAAUUAUUGGGACAAGCAAGAUCAUCCCAUCUCCCGACUCCGUCACUACAUGACGAGCCGGAAUUGGUGGGACGAGGAGCAGGAGAAGAGCUGGAGGAAGAAAUCGCGCAAACGGGUGAUGGAGGCCCUCGAGGAGGCCGAGCGGAAGCUGAAGCCGAAACCUCAGCUCCUCUUCUCCGACGUCUACAGUGAGAUGCCCUGGCACAUCGCCAAACAGCAGACGUCCUUGGAGCGUCAUCUGAAACAAUAUGGAGAACAUUACCCUCUGGAUCACUUCGAGAAGUGAAUCUCGAAGCCUAGCGGGACAUCCUCCUUACGUCCCCUUCCUCCCAACCACGAAGGCUGGCGCUCCCCACCCUCCAGGGUGCCAGAUCGCCCUGUUGGCAUCUCCAGCACCCAUCCCCGGUCGCCCCCCAAAAUCUCUCUCGUUGUGGGGAUGGCAACCCCAGCUUUCCAUCCACCCAUCAAUCCGUCCAUCCUUCGUUUUUGCUUUCGGCUGGAGUCUUGGCAUCCCUCCAAGGUUUUUCUUACGAAAGGGGCGCCUUGCUUUCUGUCAUUCGACGGCCUUUCGUUUUUCUUUUCCUUUUAAAGGCCAGCCCAAAAGAAGAGAGUGUGACACACACACCCCAUUCAGGGGCUUGGUGGGGGCAAGAGACUUAAGUGGGGAUUGGGAACCCCCACAGUUAAAAGGAGUUUUAAUGCAUUGCUAGGUGCAUUUCUGUACAUACGGCUAUCGCUACUUCAUUCUAACACUGUCAAGUGUUUAAUUUAGAACUGGGGUGGGUGAGUGGGAUCCUUUCGGCCUGCUUUGAUCUUCGAAGACUUCGCCUUGAAUUUGCUUUCUGGAUCAAGCGACGCUUCCUCUCCUUCUGGGUUCUUGGAAAAUAUAGAGCUGGGCUGGCGCUAUUUGGGGUCAGAGAGAUAGUCUGGUAUAGGGGCACCACCUGGCACUCUGUUUCUUGAGCGACGUAUUCAUCUUUUUAUGAUUCACCCCUCGUCACCCUAGCUGUCAAUUUUUGAUUGUCACUGUCUUCUUUUAAGAAAAGUUCCAAUUUUUAAAGCAAAGGGGAGUUUCUUCCUUGUAGCUACUACUUUUGCAAUAGUCAGAGGGCCUAACGACAGUAACUGUGGUUAGGGGUUUUUACCGGAGGGUGGUGGGAACCGAGCUUUAGAAAUUUAACAUUCAAGGAUUGAAUAAUCUUGAAUGAUCCGACGAGGGUGUUUGUUUUUUGGGGGUUUUUUUGCACAAAAAGGUGGGAAAAGCCACAGAUACUUUCUUUAAAAGCACAGAAAUCUCCCAGCUCAAUGGUGAUGGACUGCAGUUGCCUUAAAUUUUCUGCUUUCUAGCCUUUCUUGAGUUUUGACACGUUCCCACCUUCCUCGCUGCUCAGCCCUCAAAUUCAGCGAGCAAAUUGGGUGUCGCCUUGAGCGACCCGCUGUGGGAAAGGGUUAAAUUUAUCCUAUUGCUCUCUGGAAGGGAAUGAAUCUCUCUUUAGGAAAAUCCCUAGAGGGGGCUGAAGGCUUGAAGUGAGGUGCCCCCACCCCAUAGGGGUGGUAUUUACUUACUUUCCCUACUGGGUUGCAAAUAUGAGCACAUGGGCAUUUCGUAUGUGCGCCCGGCCUCAAAAACGUGCCCAGAUAGGAUAGCAUAGAGCCGACAAUUUCCAUUCCUGAUUCGGGUCAAUUGGUCCGAACCGGAUAAAUACCCACCUCUGCCACUCCCCCCAUGUUCCACCGUGGAAACAGACACGAUAAAUUUAUUUCUUUGCCAGGGCACGGAAAUCGGCCUCGAAUGAGGUGCCGGCUAAUUUAUCAAAACGCUUAAAGGGGUGUUUUACUUAGAAAACAGUUGCCCGACAGUUGUGGGUUUUCUUUGGGAGGGAAAUGGCUUAGAGCAAGGGGGGGAAGAAGGCCGGAAAACUUUGCACCCGGGGGGGAGGGGGCUUUAGAAAUGAAAAAGUUUGGGGUUGCGAGAACGAGACACAGGGAUCCGAGUUCGAACAUCUUCUUGUGGACGGUUUGGUGCAUAAUUUUUUUUUUCCCGGCGCCUUCCCAACGUGGAAUUCACGCUGUUCUGUUACUCUUACACAAAAGCGGUUACGACUGAAAAUAACGAUUAUUAGUGGGUUAAAGGGAAUAACGGGUAGAGAUGGCAGCCUAUCUAAUCGCACAUAUGGGGCAAGUUGGAAAAUCAAUAAAUAUUUUUUUGGGCCAACGGUG